GCAAUGAGGAUAACCUCUGCCUUUUCCCCUGAAGCACCAGCAAACUUAUCGUAGCUCAACAAGAAAAGGAGGUGCUACAAAAUUUCAGAACUGAUGCUACCGGGGACUUGACACUUCCAAAUAAUACCCUCUAUUCCAUGAAGAUUUAUAGGUUCUCCUUUGGUCCUGCUGUUUUCUAAAUUUUGUUUUGUGGAUACCAAGUGUUCGACGAAAUGCCUAUUUAUUCGUCAUACUCUGUGGUGUCAUCGAACGUCAUCCCACUUCAAUUCUGUAACCUGAAAAUCCAAAAUGUGUCUGUUUUACAUCCAUCCCUCGAAUUUUUUCCUCGUAAAUGUUCAACUUAUCUGGCUUCGGGCUGCAACAAAAAGCCAAGAAUCAUUUUACAAAGUGGGCGGCUGAGAGCUGGGAGCAGCAAGAAUAGUAGUAAUGUGGUUGCUGAGGAAAGUGCAGUGGCAAGGGGUUUCGAGUGGGAUGAUGGUCAAGUAGAAGAGCUUGGAGAAAUGGUGGAAGAUGAGGAGGAGGGACCAUUACCAUGGGAAGGCGCAGUAAUUUAUAAGAGGAGCGCUUCAAUAUCCCAUAUAGAAUACUGCACUACUUUGGAAAGGCUAGGACUAGGAAAGGUUUCAUCUGGGGUUUCGAAAACUCAGGCUUCUGAAUUGGGAUUAAGGGUCACGAAAGCUGUGAAAGAUUAUCCUGAUGGAACCCCUGUUCUCAUUUCAAUGGAUGUGAUGAAGAAGAAGCAGAAGUUGAGGCUGGAUGGGAUUGUUAGAACUGUGUUUGCUCUUGACUGUAACAGGUGUGGUGAAUCAGCUGCUAAGAGUGUUUUUUCCAAUUUCUCACUUGUACUAAGUGAGGAACCCUUUGAAGAACCAGAAACAAUGGAUAUGGGUGUAAUUUAUGGGGAAGAGAAGUUUAGGUCAUUUGAUAAUGAUGGACUGGAAGACGAAGAUAAUGAUAUUGAUGAUCAGCUGCAUUUUCCUCCAGAAGAUAAAGAAAUUGACAUUUCGAAGCCUAUAAGAGAUAUAUUGCAUGUAGAAAUCACCAUUGAUGCAAUUUGUGACCCAAAAUGUAAAGGCAUAUGCCUCAGAUGUGGUACGAAUCUUAAUAUAGGUAGCUGCAAAUGCAGGACGCAGGAUACAGCUGAAAAACAUUACGGUCCCCUUGGAAAUUUGAGGAAACAAAUGCAGCAGAGCUAAGACCUUUUAUUUCUAUGUCAAAUUACAUGAUAUUGUUGUUAAGUACUCAAAUUGAUCGGUCCUCAUCUUUCCAUAACUGUGAUGAGAUAAAUGUAGAGAUUUUGCUUUUCUUGCUUGUGCGGCGUGAUGAGAUAAAUGUAGAGAUUUUACCUUGGCUGUUGCUAUCCUCUAAUAAAUGAGAUUACCUGAGUGUUCAUGGA